AUGCGCCUGCGCUUCCCGAUCGUCUAUGAUCCGCGACGGGCGCGCCAGGACGUCACCGUGCGCGAGCUGACUGCGAACCUGCACGACUUGGAACGCCACCGCUGGGCGCAAGAGGAAGAGAUCCGCCGCCUUCAGACGGAAAUAGCCCUGCAAGCCGCCGAGAUCCAGGAUCUGGAUCGCCAACUGACACGCGCUCAGGCCCAUCUCGCGACUGCUAACGCCGAUGGUGAUCGACUGGACCACCAGCUCGAUCUCGCCGCGGCGGACAUUUCGGAUCUCCGAUCGCAGGCUUCUGGGCAAGAGCGCGAACUAGACGAGCGAGGUCACGUUGCGGCUGCGGCAACUCCGACCGUUCCGACCACUACGCCUCCCACUGGACCCACGCCCUCCCAGGAUCAACUGCAAGCUGCCCUCCUCUGGGUAAAUGAGGAGCUGGAUCUGAUGCGUACCGCCCGAGAUACCGCAAGAGACCAAGCCACCGCUGCCGUGAGAGACGUCGAUCAAGCUCAUCAAGACCGCGAUGCGGCACUCCGAGAGAAUGCCGAUCUCCGAUCGUGUCUCGAAAGUGCGGAACAGGUGAUACGGGCCCAAGACGCCCAAUUCCUCGACGUCCAGAACGCCUACGCUAUGUUGCGUCACACCAGCGAUCGAUCCAGCGAGGAUCUCAAGAAUGUGGCUGACACGUUGUCUCGCGUAGCCCGGUGGAUCGGGCUUCGUCAGUGCGCGCCGAUCACGCCUGGCCGUCGCAGCCGCAGUCGCUCAGGAUCUCCGGACUCUACCGGCCACAUCCACAAGCGUGCCCGAUCGGCGCCUCCACCCCGCAGUCGAUCUCAGAGUCGGUCGCCCGCUCGGUCUCCCUCGCCGUCCUUCUCGUUACACGGUAGUGAUGAGGAACUUCCGGCUGGGCAAGAGGGAUCGGACCAAGACGGGUCCGGCUCGCAACCUCGAUCUUCGCAGAGAAAUCAGUCGGAAGAGGGGGAGUCGUCUCCGGCUAGAUCUGCGGCCAACGAAGAAGGAUCCGAAUCGGAGGGGCCCAACCAAGAGACCGACGAAGAAGAAGACAAGUCGGAGGGGUCUGUCAGGAGGCGCUCGCAGCCUUAG